AUGUCUGAUCAAGACGAACUCCGACUCCCUGAAUGGGGGCCUGGCAAAACCGCAAAAGGUAGAGCACGCUUGCCUUCCAGCAGGCGUCGGGAUCGACCACAGUUUUCCUGCAAUCUUUGUAAGCAGAGGAAGUUGCGAUGCGACAGACAGUAUCCCUGCGGAGCCUGUGGUCUGCGAGGUCUGGGUCAAUCUUGUACAUACGUACCGAACGAGUCGCGGCCUGUUGGUGGUGAGCAGCGGGCGCGCACUGUGCAGGAUAGGAUCCUGCAACUGGAAAGCUUGGUGGUUGAUUUGAUGCAGAAAACAUCAGAAAGUCACGCUGGCCAGGAGCUUUUGGUCAUUCCGGGACGGUCAAGCACCACGGGUCACUUGGAUGAUGCUACUAAAACUGCAGGUUUUGCCUCACCUCUCUCUGACUCCGGCAGCAUGCAGUUGACUGGUUCGGGGGCGAGCUAUGUCAAUGGUUCCCACUGGGCCGCUAUCCUCGAAGAAAUUGUAGAGCUCAAAGACUAUUUCGACAAGGAGGAAGAGUCUCCAGCGAUCGAUCGGCCCUCUGAGUCCUCUUUUCCGGACUGGACUGGUCCACAGCUGCUGUAUGGCUGCAGAAUGCUCGCAACCAAAGAAGAGAUGCUGGCAGCGGUUCCUACGCGACAGGUUGUGGAUCGGUUGGUGUCGCGUUACUUCAGUUCGUUCGAAAUGUCCCCAGCCGUCCUGCACAGUGUUCAGUUUCUGGAGGAGUACGAAGACUUCUGGAGAGAUCCAUCAGAAACGCCAGUCAUAUGGCUUGGUCUGUUGUUUACCAUCAUGUGUCUCGCAGCUCAGUUCCAGAAGUUCAGAUUAGACCCCUGCUCCCAAACCCCAACAAACCAAUCGUUGGAACAGGACCUUCAGAAUAUGGUAGAAACUUUCAGGCGAAACAUCGUGCAAUGUCUUAUUCUAGGGAACUACGCAAAAGGGGGUCCUUAUGUGCUGGAGACGCUCAUGCUAUACAUCGCCGUUGAGCUGCUAUCCCGCAAUGAUGCCGAAAUGGGUGUUUGUAUUCUCUUGGGCACCAUAGUUCAGCUUGCGAUGCAUAUGGGGUAUCACAGAGACCCAAAGCACUUCAAAUCGAUGUCUGCCUUUACGGGAGAGAUGCGAAAACGAGUCUGGGCAACCAUCGUCGAACUUGACAUUGGCAUUUCUACCCAGAUGGGUCUCCCGCGGUUGAUCAAACAAUGGCAAACCGACACAACGGAGCCUUUGAACCUGCAAGACAGUGAUUUCAACAAGACAACGACAGACAUGCCACCAUGCCGACCAGAGACCGAUCUCACACCGAUGCUGUACCGCCUGGUAAAGGCCAGGUUCAUGGCAACUAUUGGCUCUAUAUGGGACUUUGCAACCGACAUCAGGUCAUAUGCCUACGACGAUGUGAUGAAGAUGGACAAGAAGCUCCAAGAAACGUACAUCUCCAUUCCCACAUGCCUCAAGUGGCGCUCAAUGGCCCUUUGCAUUCUGGACUCUCCACAAAUCAUUAUGCAAAAGAUGUUUCUAGAGAUAAUGUUCCACAGAGCCAAAAUAGUGCUACAUCGGAAGUAUUUGCACUGUUCGCCAAUGAUGACGCAGUAUGGAUACUCCCAACAAGCAUGUUUGGACGCGGCGCUCAAACUUCUCGACUAUCAACAUGUGCUCCAAGAAGAAACACGACCGUUUUGCCAACUAUACCAGGAACGGUGGAGAGUCUCAUCUCUGGUCAACCAUGACUUUCUUCUCGCAACUAGCAUUCUUUGCCUCUACUUGCAGCAUGUUGAUGGUGUGGUAAACGAGAGCGUCGAAGCAUCGAUGGUUGAAGGCAUCUGGGCAUCCCUCAAGCGAUCGUACGAUAUAUGGCUUGACUCAAGUAGUUCUUCAAAGGAGGCACAGAAGGCUGUCAAAGCUCUGAGUAUAGUUCUCGGGAGCCACAACGCUUGUGGUGAGAGUUCAAACGUCGAAACGAACGCACCGCAAUCAACAUCCCAUGGUAUCGAUACAAGCUAUUAUAAUCACAGCAGUUCUACCGAGUUCGGUAUUCAGUUCCCCAUUCUCGACGAGGCAGUCUUGACGGACUGGACAUCUCCGGCCAUCGAACCGCCUGGCAGUCUCCAAAUCGCGACGCCUGCCUCGGAUGUUGGCUGGCAGAUGUGGGAUGCAGUGGACACUCUGGACACCCUACAGCAGCCUUGGGAGGAGAUUCCGUAA